UUUUCUUCUUUGCUCUAAACAAGAACACUCGUCGGCUUUAGCUUUCCUCCUCACUUUGCUGCCGCCACAGAGUUUAAAUCAUGUCAUUGCUGGAAGUAAUCACCAAGGCCUCAACCGAGUCCCAGUCGCUCUAUUCCCCAUCAGAGUACCCAAUUGUUCUCGACCCAGAUUCCAUCUUCCCCAAUUUGAAACCCAAACUCGACGGCCCAUCUCCCAUCUCAUGUCCUGUUCCUCUCAGUAACUGGCAGAUUUCGCAGACUGAUUCAGAGCUCAUUGAGUUGGGUAAGAACUUCACUACCAAGCUUAAGAAGAAGCUCAAGAACCCAGUUAAGUUUGGUAAACCUGAGUUCUUGGAGAUGGUGAAUACAUUUCUUGAGAAGAUUAGGGAGAAAGUUGGAGUUUCGAUUGGGGUUGAUGCUAGUAAGGAUGGGUAUACAUGUGUUUCGGUUGAUAAGGUUGGGGGGUACAUGGGGAAGGAUGUUGCUGGUUUGGUUUUGGAGGGUUGUGUUGUGUUGGAGGUUUGGGAGUUAGUUGGGGCUUUGGUUUCAAAUGGGCUUGUUUUAAAGUCUUGUUAUGAGGAUUUGGUUGCGAAGAUUGUGGCAAUGAGGAGGACAGAGUUGGUUUGUUUGUGUUUGAGGUGUGCAUCUGAUCUUGGAUCGUCGGAGUUGGUGAUGAUUUUGAAGUAUUUUCUUAGUCCGAGUAAGGAUGCUUAUGGUAGCAUUGUGGAGGUGGGGAAGGAAUGGGAGAGCCAAGCAUUGUUGGCCGUGGAGAAGGCCAGUGAUAGGAGUCUGUCGGGGAAGAAACUUAGCAUGGCGAAAGAGGCUGCCGUGUUGCUUAUGGUGGCGUAUGAUGGAUUCUCUUCCGCGGAGCUUUGUCUGCAUUAUUUGUUGGUGUCGAAGAAUGUUGAUGAGGUGAUAAUGUCGUCUGCGGUUAGUAAGUUGAAUGGGAAAGAGAUGCUGAGUUUGCUUCGGUAUUUGGGGAAGUGGCUGAAGAAGUACGAGAGGUUUCCUCAGGCUGGUCCGUGCCACAAGGCAUCAACUACAUUGGGUUUGAAGGCUUGUGAUUGGGUUCCUAAACUUGAAGAUGUUCUGAGAUGCACCGGGGUGGUGCUGGAUGAGAACUACUCUGCAUUGGUGUUGCAUCCAGAGUUUCAUGAAGAGCUGAGGUCUAUUAACAAAGUUGUUGCUUCGUUGACGUUGGAGGCAAGGCUCUGCUGCUCCGUGGCCAAUGUAGCUGAUAAGUUGAAAGCCGAAGUUUAAGGUCGCAAAACUAGAGUCUGUGAUGGUGUUACAUUAACAUUCUUUUCUUGAGUUUCUUAUUGGGCUCCAUCAAUACUGUAGUAUGAGUGUAUGACUGGAAUUUUGUUAUGAAUGGAUUUUUGCUUUUACUAUGAACUUCUACCUGUGUUAAUAUAAUUAUAUGUUGUUUGCGAAGC